UUGGGUAACCACAGACUAAAAGUGAAAAUUGAGUGAAUCUGCAAGGUGAAAUUGGUGUUUUAGCCCACUCUCUGAUCCUUCAUUUACCUUAAAUCAAAACACAAGAAGUUUAAUUAAUCCAAAGAAACAAAGCGUUAACGUCUCUCUGUCAUUUGCGAGCAGGAAUUCCUUUGCUCCUUAAAACGGGUUUCAUUUAAAAUCCCUAGUUUAGUUAUACGUGAAUUCUUGAUGAUCACUAGGCUGCUUUUCAUGUAGGUUUCAAAAAUGAUUGCUCCAAUAGUUUCUCCCUUGAUGUGGCUAAGCACAAUCUGCCUCCAAUCUGCACAUUUUCAUUCUUUCUUUUUGAUUUUAAUGUGAGUUUGUGUCGAUUUAGCUCUUUUCUUAUAUCACUUUGUUUAUCUUUUGUUUGGUAUGACAAUAUUCUUGAUAUUGAUUUUUACUUAGGUUUUCACUGCCUGCGUACUUGCUUUACCCUGUUCAUCUUCGAGUACUAUUUUCUUGGUUGUUUAAAUUACUUGUCUUCCGAAGUUGUUAUUGUUCACCAUAACAAAGUUAGUUUACUGGAGCAAUUAUCUUGAAUUCUACAACUACUUAUUGGUUUCUUGUGCUUCUCCGUUUAUGUUCUAAAUUUUACAACUUGCGCUAUCUUUGUUGUUUAGAUUUUCUUGGACACCAGUAAUUUUCAAGUUUAACUUAAGAUUCUUAAGAGCAUACAAUUAAUUGAGAAAUGGAUGAUUUGAGGGGAGUGAAUAUUAUGUCAUUGGAGCUUGCUCUUCAAAGGGAGUUGGCAUAUAGAAGGAAAGUGGCCAUGUUGCUACAUCCAUCAGAUUCCGACUUUGUUUCACAGCUUGGAUCAAUGGAGGUGCAAUUUCUAAAUGCAGGUGCCAGUACAACUCUGAGUCCUAGCCCAAGCACAAACUCAGGUUCAAGUGCUAGGCUUUCAGGAAUAAAAAGGCGAGUGCCAACAACAAACAGCCUUGAGUCGGUACCAGCUUCACUGUCACGUGAACUUGAGAAUCGGGUGGAUCAAUUCUUUUGCAAGAAUGUCAAGUGCCAUGUUCGGGGUCCAUUAGCUACAAGCAGCACAUAAAAGGUAAAAACACAAGUCAAACCUGCGGGAGCAGAAACUUGGCAAGCAAGACCAUGACAAGCAGUUUGAAGUCGGAAAUCAGCGAUUGGUGUGUGAAUUGUGUAAAAUUUGGUGCAUGAAUGAAGAUGCACUCAAAGCACACUUGGAAGGUCAAAAGCACAAGAAUGUACUGCUAGUAGUCAAGGCAGAACUUGCUAAGAAAAGAGGCAAAGAGACAAUAAAAAGAAUGGUGGUGCGAAUUGUGCGGUAUUUAAUGCAUCGAUGAACCUUCACUUAAAAUGCACUUCAAUGGUAAAAAGCACCAGGCUGAGCUACAAAAGUUGUAAAAUGUCAGUAAAGGAGGUAGUGAGAGAGUAAAGCAGCUGGCCAAGGCAAAAGGCUUAUCCUUCAACUCCAUGGGAAGUGAAGGUUAAGUAUCGCAUUUGAUUAAGGUUUCAAACUAUCAUUUUCAGGGAUUUUAUGAACCUUUUUGUUCACCUACUGGUAAUUGUGAGUACUUUUGACAAUGGCAAAUGCAUGCUGCUUUGAAUUCAA